AUGGAAACAUCCGUACCUUUGGGGUCUCAUCAUGUGGACUGUGGAUCGCUGGGGGGUUCCGGUACUGUCGGUCUCGGUGAGAUUAAUCGGAGGCUGCUCAAGCAAUACGGUGCCAACGAUAGGUCUUCGCCUUCGGGUUUGGAGGGUCAAGGAACGCCAGAUGUACUGGUGCAGUUGGAUCCCUUGGAGGAAUCGAAUGUCUCAGAUAUGGAGGAGUGGCAGCGAGAGAAAGGCGGUACGGACGAUGAGGACGAGGGAGACCAAGAAGGCGAGGAGGAAGAGUAA